AUGGGAAGCCACUUGCCCGAGAUGGUGGUGGAUCUUUUGUGCCGCCUCAAAGAAGAUGGGGGCGAAGACGACGCCUUGGGCAUCAGCAGCUGCCUAACAGUUUUAGAAAACUUAAUUGAAUUAAAUCCCUCUUUGUCUUCAACAUUAAUUCAAUCCCAGAAGUUGCCGGCUUUUUUAUUCCGGCGGAUCCGGGGCCCCCCAGCUGCUGCAAACGCGUUUCUUGUGGAUGGAGCCCGCCUGCAUGCAGCAGAAGUCCUCACGCUGCUGCUGCAGCACUUGGGGGCCCCCGAAAAGGCCCAAAUGGGAGGCAGAAAUGGAGCUGAUGGAGUGGACAAGUUGCUGCGGGCCAUCGCGCCUUACCGCAAGAAAGACCCGGAGAGUUCGCAGGAGGAAGAACUCGUCCUCAACUUGUUCGACUCCCUCUGCAGUUUGCUUCUUGUGUCAGACAAACCCUAA